AUGGGGAAUUAAGAAAGUAAUGCAGGAAUAAAAGCAUUGCAUGCAAAUUAUAUGAUGGUUCGUAAUAUCAAAGAUGAUUCAAGAUAUGGUGAGGGUAGGAUAGUGAAAUAGAAAUAGACAAAAUAAGAAGCAUUUUAAAAAGAGAUGAAUUUAACAGAUGUGGAUAAAUUCAAAAAAGUGAAAUUAAUGUUAGAAAAGAAGGAGAGUAAUACAUAUGAUAAUCUUAUAAAUGUUACAAGUAUAUAAUCAAUAUCAAUACAUAUAGAAUUGUAUUAUUAGGAAGAUAGUUAAUUUUGUGGUCAAUUUUAUAAAAUAUACAUAUUGUUAGAAUAUGUUCCAUUAAGUUUAUAUGAUAUCAUAGAGUAGAGAUUGGUUAAAAAGCAAUAAUUGAAGGAAUCAGAGUUAUGGACAAUUUUAAUGGGAUGUAUAGAGGGUUUGUUCAUUUUAUAGUCUUAGAAGAUAAGUCAUUAAGCAAUAAGGCCUGAUACUAUUUCGUAUAUGGAUUAAUAUCCAUAUGUGAAAUUGAGUGAUCCAACAGUAAGUGGAGUAUUAAGUUCAUUCUAAUAAGUAGUUUAAGAAGAAUUUAAAUAAAUGAAUUAACAUUAUUUAAGUCCUUAGUUAAUGUAAUCAUUGAAUGAUGAAGUGUAACCAUAACAUAAUCCCUUUAAAAGUGAUGUAUAUUCAUUAGGAAUGACAAUGCUUCAUCUAACAACUUUAAAUAAUUGUGAUGAGUGUUAUGAUCUUCCUAGAUCAAAAGUAUUACAUUAACAAGUCUAACGCAGAUUAUAAUAGAUCGAAUCAUCAUUUACAACAUAAUAUGUUUAAUUCCUAAGAAAUAUGUUAUUAUUAAAUGAAGAUCAAAGACCAGACUUUAUUCAAUUAAAAUAAGAAUUAUAGGGGAUGUCUGCUCCAUAAUCUCCAUAAAAACCAUAUUAUGAAGAAGAAUAAGUCAUCUAGUCUAAAAAAGCCCCAAUUAUUUAGGUUUAAUCUUAUGAAUAAGCAGUUGAAAGCUUUUCCAUUUAAUAACCAUAAGCACCAUAAAUUGUUAUGCAUUCAGAAACCAGUGCUAAAUUUAAUUUAUAACAAUCUAAUUAAUCAAUUGCUAAUAGCUAAGUUUAAAAGUCUUAACAAUUAAGACUAUCUCAAUAGACCAAUUAAUCCAUUUAUUUAAAUCGUAAUGGAAUUUAAGAACUAAGACCUGAUAUUUGUGAUCAUAUUAAAAUUGUAACCUAUUCUACUAUUCAAAUAGCUACCUUUGUCUGAACAAAUUUCUGAACCCUCAGAAAUUGAUCAUAAUAUAGGAAAUCAAAUUGGAAUGGAUUAAAUUCUAGAUAUUACUAAUGAACCAGAACCUGAUCAUCAAGGUAAUCUUAUGCCUGUCACAUCCUUUGAAACAUCUUAGCAAUAUCAAUAAUUUUAACAUAUGUAAUAAUCCAAAUCUAAUAUACCUGUUUCAUAUGACUCAUACAAAAUGGACUACAAUUAAAUUAAUCAUUUAUCUAAUAAUUAAAAAUACGAUUAUUUGUAUGAUAGAAACAUAAGCAAUUAAGAAAAGCUUAUCAACUAUCAAAAUGAUCUCAAAAAAACUUUUGAGCAUCUAUCUGUUAAUCCUGAAAAGGUGAUUGAAGUCUAUGCAAAUGGAUCUAAAUAUGAUGGUGAGAAACUAAAUGGAUUGAGACAUGGUUAUGGUACAUUUUUUUAUUAAGAUAACGGAGGUGUAUAUGAAGGCUAAUGGUUUGAAAAUAAAAUGCAUGGAAUAGGUAACUAUUUACAUUUAUCUCCUAUAUUAGGAACACUUUUUUAUGCUUCUGGUAAACCUGCAUAUGAAGGAUAAUGGGUCAAUGAUAAAUUUGAAGGUAAAGGCACUUUGUACAAUGAAGAACCAUAAUCCUUAUUUAGUGAAUUCGAUUAUAGAGAUUUCGAUUAAGUCGGAGAGUAUCUAUUUUCAAUUCAAUCAUAGAUUCUGGACUAAAUAUGUGGGUUUAUUUCAUGAAGAUAAUAAAGAAGGAUAAGGCGUACUAUAUCUAUCUAAUGGUGAUAAAUUUGAAGGCAAUUUUUUGCAAGAUUUAGUUAGUGGCCCUGGAAAAUAUAUUAAAGCAAACGGAUAAUUUGUUUCUGGAAGAUGGUGGAGAAAUAAACUUUAAUAGUGA